AUGGCCCGACUAAACGAACCUCCCGUAUCCGCAGAUAGCAUCGACACGCUGCGUAGGAAGCUGCUGCGACAAAACCGUGACCUUGCCAAGGCCAACGCCAUUCAUUUGGCCCGCAUCAAAAACCUCGAAGCCGACUAUUCUCGAUGCUUAUCAGAUAAUAUCGAACUGAAUGGCCGCAUCAUCGGGCUAGAGAAGGAGCUCGAGAACAGCAAUGCCCGGAGAAUAGCAGAUCAUGCCCUGGACAUCAGAUCUAGGCUCGAAACGCAGCUGAUGGACUGCAUGUCACUUAUUGCAAGCCUCGGUCAGGAGCCUCCCACGAAACGACACGCGAGUCCCCGAGGGCGGAGGAUCUCGAGGGCCAGUCUGUCGCAUCGCAGCCCGCCCCAGAGGCGCCCGCCAAGGGAGCCGACCAAGGACACCGAGGCCCGAGCGCUGCAAGAGGGCCGUCUGCCUCCCAUCGCAGAGAACAAGUCAUACCCCAGAGCAACGCUUGAUCGCGAGCAGAUCCUAGCCCUGUGCUCAGAGGCCGCAGAUAUCACAGAUACCACCGACACCACCGACUCCCCAGAACUUGGGCCACCACCGUUGUCGCGGUUUGUCGAUACGGAUUCCGUCAAUAUCGGAUCUCCCCACCGGCCCUUGGACGCCGCAGGACCAGAGACUUCACACAGCUCGCCGAUGCUGUCACCCUCGCCAGCGCCCGCACCACAGCCGGCCGUUGCACCCAAGACAACGAAUAAGUCCGACAAGGCCGUCAUUGUUCGACCUGAUUCCAUCCCCACGAGCGAAAAGGUUCAAACCGAUACCAAGCGUCCACCCGCAGAAGAUCACAGCUUGCCCCCUGUAAUGCCGCAGACCACCGUCAAGGUCGGCUCGAAGCGAAAGUACAGUAUAAGCGAUGACACGAUCAAGAACAGCAAGCCGGUCGCCGGACUGCCGAAACCCAAAGAGCCUGAAGGACGUCCCGACGCUGCGCGCGAACAGCCCAGCGGGCAGACCUUGAAGGAACUGGCCAACAGGCGCCGUGAAGCCAGGGAGCGCAUGUCGGCGCCACUGAACCCGAGGAAGCCGUUGUCGGCCAAGAGCACAAACGACGACCUGACCUCGCCCGUGAAGAGUGCCAAGGCCGGGGCAGACAAUGGAAAGGCACCUGAGAAGCCCAAGCCGCGGGCAGCAAGGGAGCGGGCGGCCCAGAAGAUCAAAGAGGAAGCCGAGCCCGAGUCGCCCGUGGAGGUGCCUGCUGCUUCACCACCGCCACCUGCACCCGUUACCGAGGUUUUCCCAAGCACGGAGACUGUCCCUACGGAAGCUGCUUUGCUGUCUCCAGCAUCACCUGAGCCCACGUCCAGAAUGAGCCUGUCCAGUGUGCGCGAUACGCCGCCGCCCACAGACAUCUCAUCUCGCGGCGAGACAUCCCGGCCGAGCAGGAGGGCAAGAGCUGCUGUCAGCUACGCAGAGCCUAAUCUGCGGGACAAAAUGCGUCGUCCCACGAAGGAGCUGUAUGACGCCGUUACCGGCCAGACCAGAUACCUCCAGCGGAGUGGGAGCGCCAACGCGGAGCAGCUCUUUAGCGAGGGGGUUGUCGUGGUCAAGCGCGAGUCUAGCGAAGAGAGCACCUGGAAACAGAUUUCGGCAGCCAUGUCUCCCUCGCAGGAUGCCGCGCGAAGAGAAAAGAGCCCCAAUAGCCCAGCCAACAAAGCAAAGCCAGCGGAGCCGAUGCUUACUGUGGUGAAGCCUCUGCGCAAGAAACGCUCGUCUUCGAUGAUGUCGGGAUCUAUCAGCGAGAGUGAAGGACAGAGGCCGUCCCAACAACCCCCCAGCGGCGCUUCCGUCUCCGGCAAGAUCAUCGACAGUCAGCCCACUCCGUCGCCCGAGCGGCAAGUGGAUCCUUACGAGUUCAGGACCUCGAUCACAGCCAGCGACGAUUCCUGGGCUGAGUCCAAGGAGGACGUCGCCCCGGCGCGCCAGUCGAAGUCCUCGCGACGCCUCUCGUCUGUCGUGAGGGAGGACUUCAAGGUCGAUAGCACGGACGGGGCCGAACGAGCAAAAGCCGGCGGGCCCAAAAAGAGAGCAUCGAUGGUACUACCGAAGAGGAGCCACUUGGAAGCCGAAAGCCUCGAAGAUAGUAGCUUUGAGAGCGUGGAGAGCGGGGACUUCCCGGACACGAGGUCAAAAUCCUCGAUGAGAAGACGGAGCAUGAUGUUGUAA